GCGGCAGCGGCAGCAUAACAAGUGGAGCGCAGCGGUUCAGUUGCCGAAAACUGUUUGCCAAUGUCGCGAUAAAGGCUGUGAAACACUCCCACAAAUGGCCUGGCCCUUAGGGAGAGGGCCCCCACGUAGAACAGGGUGGUGGGGGGCGGCGCUUGACCUUCUGACACCACGAGGAGUUGUUGCACAAUCCACCGCACGGGGAAUAAUCAACAGAAGAAUUGAAGAGGCACACGAACACACACAUAUACUAAUUUACAUGUGUAUGUAUGCUGGUAUGUAUGUAUGUAUGUAUGCGCAGCCAUGCUUCGAUCCACAGAGUUCGAACAGAGGGCCGCCGCCGCGUCGCCCUGCACACUGUAAGCAGUGGCGAAGCAGAGCAGCGUCAGCGUCAGCGUUAGCAGAGCCAGCAGACAGCAGCCCAGAGACUUGAGGAAAGCCCCCAACCGAAACCCAAUCAGAAAUCAGUUGCAGUCGCGAAUUAGCGUCGCACAGGUGCGCCCUCUCCAGUGCUCUCCAGCGAAACGGAACUUCGAAUCGGCACAGAACUUUGAAACUUCGAAACUUCGAUCGAGCAGCUCUGGUUACAUACACAUACAUACAUACAUACGUAACGGAACAUGGUGCACAAGAAUCAGGAAAAGGAUGAGGAUCAGCUGAUGGUACAGCGAGUGCUGGAACUGCAGGAUUGGACCAAGACACAGUCGCAGCUACCGCCGAAUAUAUCAUGCACGUUGCUGCGCCGCUUUUUGCACACAACGCGAGGCGAUUUGGCUGCCACACAGCGCCUGAUGGAGCACAAUUAUGGACUGCGCAACAAGCAUGCCCAGAUCUUCAUUGAGCGCGAUCCGUUGGAUGCCAGCUCCCAGCAGCUGUUGCAAGUGGCCGACCUGGUGCCACUGCCCGGACUGACCCCGGAGAACAAUAAGCUGCUCUUUUACCGACUGAUUGACUUCGAUGCGGACAAGUUCAACUUUACGGCCGGCAUCAAGGUCUUCUUCAUGGUGGCCGACUGCCGCUUUGCCACGGAGAACGACACGCGAAUGUCGGACGGAGAGAUACCCAUUUUCGAUAUGGCCGGCUAUACGCUGCGGCACCUGACCAAGACGGUGCUCAGCUCCCUGCGGGUGUACAUGAAGUUCGUGCAGGAGGCGCAUCCCGUGCGGCUAAAGGAGGUCCAUGUGCUGAACUGUCCCUCCUAUCUGGACAAGGUGCUCACCGUGGUCAAGCCGUUCAUCAAGAGCGAGGUCUUCAAGCUGAUUCACUUCCAUUUGCCGAAUGCGGAGACGCCCUUUAAGCACUUUCCGCGCUCCAUGCUGCCGGAGGAGUACGGCGGACAGGCUGGCAAGAUGUCCGAACUGAAGCAACAGUGGAUGCAAUUGCUCAAGGAGCAGCGGGACUAUCUGAUGGAUGGCCAGAACUGGCAGUUGAACAAGGCCAAGAAGGUGUCCAACAGCAGCAACAGCAGCAGCAACAGGCGAUCCAGCACAUCUACCGCCGCCUCGGUUGCGCAUGGUCUUAAGAAUCUGGAAAUUGAUUAGCCACCGAGGGCGCAACUGUACCUACACAACAUAACCUACAUAUCCAUACAACAUA